GUUGGUGGCAUGGCGCCAUCAUCAUAUCAUUAUGUAUAUGCACCCACCUCCUUCCGGCCUAGCUUCAAUCCUACGACAUUCUAUUAUAUGAUAGCCGGCCGGCAGCCAUCCAACAGGAUCUAUAUAUCUAACUUCAGAUCGAUCCCGGCCUCUUCAUCAACCCCCCAUGGCGGCUGGUUUCUUUACAGGCUCCCAUUUCAACGCCCAGGACCAUGACCCGGCGCUGCAUCCGCGGCCUCAGCAAUCCAGAGAUGGAGGGGAGAAGAAGAUAUGCGGGGUAUGUGGAGACGAGAUAGGUUUGACGGCAGAGAACGGAAAAGUGUUUGUGGCGUGCAAUGAGUGUGCUUUCCCAGUCUGUAAACCUUGUUAUGAGUACGAGAGAAGCGAAGGAAACCAGUCUUGUCCGCAGUGCAACACUCGCUAUAAGCGUCACAAAGGCUUUCCUAGAGUUAUUGGGGAUGAUGAAGAUCAUUUUGAGGGGGAAGAGUUUGACCAAGAAUUUCAUACCAAGAAUUACCCUCAAUCAGAAAAGGAAGACUACCAUAAUAAUCAGCCGCACCACAACCCAAACUUGGGUGGCAAGGAUUUGGAAGAUGAUCAUCAGAAGGAGGUUGUCGGGAACGCGCAAUGGAAGGACAGAGUUGAGAAGUGGAAAACCAAACAAGCAAAGAAGGGCCUGAUAACCAGGUUUGACGAUGACAAAGGCACUGAUGAAGAUGAUGAUGAGUUUAUCAUGGCAGAAGCUAGGCAGCCACUGUGGAGAAAAAUCCCAAUUUCGCCAAGCCUAAUCAGUCCAUACAGGAUAGUCAUUGUGCUCAGGCUUAUCAUUCUAUGUUUCUUCUUCCACUUUCGUGUUUCAACCCCUGCCUACGACGCAUUCCCUUUAUGGAUCAUCUCUGUGAUAUGUGAAAUCUGGUUCGGCCUGUCAUGGAUUCUUGAUCAAUUUCCCAAAUGGUUCCCUAUGAACCGUGAGACCUACCUCGAUCGCCUAUCCUUGAGGUUUGAGCGUGAGGGCCAACCAGACUCCUUAGCCCUAGUGGAUGUUUAUGUCAGUACAGUUGACCCUCUUAAGGAACCUCCCAUCAUCACAGCAAACACGGUCUUGUCCAUCUUAGCCGUUGAUUAUCCUGUGGAUAAGAUCAGCUGCUAUGUAUCAGAUGAUGGCGCAUCUAUGCUUCUUUUUGACACCUUAGCAGAUACCGCUGAAUUCGCAAGGAGAUGGGUUCCGUUCUGUAAGAAGUAUAGCAUUGAGCCAAGAGCUCCAGAGUUUUACUUCAAUCAGAAAAUCGACUAUUUGAGAGAUAAAGUUCAGCCCACCUUUGUCAAGGAACGAAGAGCAAUGAAGAGACAAUAUGAAGAAUACAAAGUACGACUCAAUGCAUUAGUGGCAAAGGCACAGAAGAAACCAGAGGAGGGAUGGGUUAUGCAAGAUGGAACACCAUGGCCCGGGAACAACGCUAGGGACCAUCCAGGAAUGAUUCAGGUUUAUCUAGGAAGUGAGGGUGCUCUUGAUGUGGAAGGAAAUGAGCUUCCAAGACUUGUGUAUGUUUCACGUGAGAAACGGCCUGGGUAUCAGCAUCACAAGAAGGCUGGUGCCAUGAAUGCUCUGGUUCGCGUGUCAGCUGUAUUAACCAAUGCACCCUUUAUGUUGAACUUGGAUUGUGAUCACUACAUCAAUAACAGCAAGGCCAUUAGAGAAGCAAUGUGCUUCUUAAUGGAUCCCCAGUUUGGGAAGAAGCUCUGCUAUGUCCAAUUCCCUCAGAGGUUUGAUGGCAUUGAUCGCCAUGAUCGAUAUGCUAAUCGCAAUGUCGUCUUCUUUGACAUCAAUAUGAAAGGACUUGAUGGAAUUCAAGGACCCGUGUACGUUGGGACUGGCUGUGUUUUCAACAGGCAAGCUUUGUACGGUUAUGAUCCGCCGGUUUUCGAGAAGCGUUCUAAGAUGACAUGUGACUGUUUUCCCAAAUGGUGUUGUUGUUGUGGUGGUUCAAGGAAACCCAAGUCUAAGAAGAAAGGACUGAAGGCUUUGUUGGGCCUUGGAAAGAUGUUCAAGAAGAAAAAGAAAAUUGCCGGACAGAACUACAAUUGGAUUAAAUCAUCUAGACAAUUGUUCGAUCUUGAGGAGAUUGAGGAGGGUCUUGAAGGGUACGAUGAGCUCGACAAAUCAUCCCUCAUGUCUCAAAAGAACUUUGAGAAAAGGUUUGGACAGUCUCCUGUCUUCAUCACUUCCACACUGAUGGAAGACGGUGGCCUUCCACAAGGGACUAACCCAACGACACUUAUCAAAGAAGCCAUUCAUGUCAUCAGUUGUGGGUAUGAAGAGAAGACUGAGUGGGGCAAAGAGCUAGGGUGGAUUUACGGUUCGAUCACAGAAGAUAUAUUAACAGGAUUCAAGAUGCAUUGCCGAGGCUGGAGAUCAGUGUACUGCUGCCCAAAGAGGGCUGCUUUUAAGGGAUCAGCUCCCAUCAAUCUAUCAGAUAGGCUGCACCAAGUCCUGAGGUGGGCCCUUGGUUCUGUUGAAAUCUUCCUUAGCCGACAUUGCCCGUUGUGGUAUGCCUGGGGUGGAAAACUGAAACUGCUUGAGAGGCUUGCUUACAUUAACACGAUUGUUUACCCUUUCACUUCCAUUGCUCUCUUGGCUUACUGCACUCUUCCUGCGAUUUGCCUUCUCACUGGCAAAUUCAUUGUCCCAACUUUGAACAGCUUCGCUAGCAUAUGGUUCAUGGCACUUUUCCUCUCCAUCAUAGUCACAGGUGUGCUUGAGCUACGAUGGAGUGGGGUAAGCAUAGAGGACUGGUGGAGAAACGAGCAGUUCUGGGUGAUUGGUGGUGUCUCAGCACAUCUCUUUGCAGUCUUCCAAGGCCUUCUCAAAGUCCUUGCCGGCGUUGAUACAAACUUCACCGUGACCGCAAAGGCUGCAGAUGAUGCUGAGUUUGGGGAGCUCUACCUCUUCAAAUGGACCACACUUCUCAUCCCACCCACCACUCUCAUAAUCUUGAACAUUGUUGGGGUUGUGGCUGGUAUCUCUGGUGCCAUCAACAAUGGUUACGGAUCGUGGGGUCCCCUCUUCGGGAAGCUCUUCUUUGCCUUUUGGGUCAUAGUUCAUCUCUAUCCUUUCCUCAAGGGGCUGAUGGGGAGACAAAACAGGACUCCUACCAUUGUCGUCCUCUGGUCUAUCCUUCUUGCUUCAAUAUUUUCUUUAGUAUGGGUUAGAAUCGAUCCUUUCUUGCCCAAACAGACUGGCCCUAUACUCAAACAAUGUGGGGUUGAGUGCUGAUUUCUAUCUGUUAUGACACUUUUUUGACAAUUUUGCUAGCUUUCUUUUGCAUUGCAACUUGUAGUAACUUUUCUUAACCAAUAAGAAAUGGGAAGCACUAAAACUAAAUUGUUGAAAUAUAUGAGGUGUCAAUCGUGUCAUAUAUGUAUAUUUGCAACUUAUAUUUGAAAUAUAUACUACCUCCGUCCCG